AUGAGACUCGUAAUCGCUACCAUGCUCGAGCAGGACCGUCUCCAUGGACUACGAUUGCGAGAGAAAGGAACGAAUGGCAUACGUGCUGGAGCCCGCACAAUUCGUGAAGACGGGGCGUCCAGAGAUAUUAUGGACGAUAACGACCUGUUUGGAGCUAUUGAAUCAGUCAGAAGCGACAGCAUUUCUUCUGUCCCGGUGGCACAUCCAGUUGACAAGAUGUCUUCUGUACAGUAUUAUUCCAAGAUUUGCAGCACUGUUCUGGAUGCAGCUCGUCAGGAAGAAGCACGAAGACAGGCAACUUCCCUCCUCAAUUCUAUGUUUCAAGGUGAUUGCGGUGACUCCGUAGAACCGGCUGUUAAACGGUACUUCAUCUGUGUCUAUGUAGCACUGCCUCCCGACAUGCCGUUUGAGCUGUUGGUUACCAGAGAUGUGGUUGCGGCGAAAAGCUAUACCUUCUCGUUGGAUGCGUUUCAACGAGAGGCAAUCACUUGUAUUGAGAAUAAUCAAUCCGUUCUUGUUUCUGCUCAUACUUUUGCUGGAAAGACUGUUGUUGCCCUAUAUGCCAUAGCCCAAUCGUUGCGAAGCAAGCAAAGUGUGAUCUAUACAUCUCCAGUCAAAGCCUUGUCAAACCAGAAGUUUCGAGAAUUGGAAGAGGAAUUUGGAGACGUCGUUCUUAUGACAGAUUAG